CGUCUCGUCCCUAUAACCUCUUCGAAGCGCGCAGACGGUGUGUCUGGCAAUUUCCUUCUCGCAGCUGAGAAUAUAGCGAAUCCUUUUUGUUUUUAUUGUUGUUCUUUCCUCCAGUCAGAACGUUGGAAAAUAAAACAAUCAAUAUCUGGUUUUGUGCGACGAUAUUAUGUUUCGUCUAUUUCUCUAUUGGUUAAUUAUGCGAUUUAGCUGACGCCGGUAUCUAGAAAGUAAAGACCCUGAGUAUGUAUAUAGUAGUUAUAUUAUGUGAAGGACAAUGUUGGCGCUCAAACCAGCAAAUUCGAGCGAUAAAUUUCAGCAUCGAUUUUUCUUGGCGGUGAAUAAUCCGUGAAUGGGGAAUUCACCCUCUGGUCUAUUAAUGCUUCAUGCAAAAACCACAAGGGGUUCAUUCAUAAGCUAUCUUUAGAUUAUGAGGUAGUUUGUAACUUCUACUAAACGAAAUUUAGACCCUAUUUUUUUAUAGAAAUUGUUAUUUUUAAUUAUAUGACUUAUUAAUAAAUUAAAAUGGAAUUUGAAGAUAUACUGGAGCAAGUUGGUGGUUACGGAAAGUUUCAAAGAUAUUUGACUUUAUUUUUUCUAAUCCCGGUAUCUUGUGCCUUGCCAUGUUUUUGGAUGAAUUUUAUUUUCAUGGUGUCCGUUCCUGAACAUUGGUGUCAUGUUCCUGAACUGUCUAAUUUGACUAUGGCUCAACAGCGAAUGUUAAUUAGUCCACCUAAUGACCCAUCUUGCACUAUGUAUAAUAUGAACUAUAGCCAAGUUCUAGAUCUUGAGAGCUUCAUCGUCUCUUCAAAUUUUUCAGACGUUAUCACACCUUGUGUUUCGGGAUGGGAAUAUGACAAGACGAACUAUGACAAAACAGCCGCAACGAAGUUUGAUCUGGUUUGCGACAAAGCUCAUUAUCCAAGUCUUCUUCUCACGCUGCAAAACGUUGGAAGUCUCAUCGGUACACCAAUAUACGGAAUUUUGUCUGAUAAGUAUGGUCGUAAACUACUGUUUCUUGUCUUAGCAGUUGUCGUAUCUUCGACUGAAAUAGCUUCUGUUCUUGUUAACGAUUUCAUAAUCUUUGCAAUCCUGAGAACUGUGAACGGAAGUGUUUUGCCAUCCAUGUUUACUUCGGCUUUCAUCUUGAUUACUGAAAUCGUCGCUCCAGAUGUCCGUGCUCAUAUGAAUGGAGUAAUUAAUUGUUCCUGGACCUUCGGAUUGUGCUUCUUGCCUCUAGUUGCUUACCUUGCGAGGAGUUGGGUGAUAUUGGGCAUUGUCAGUGCUGUUUGCGGAUUUUGUAUCUUACUGUACUGGUUUUUCCUUCCAGAAUCUCCCAGCUGGUUCGUGUCUCAGGGCAGGUACGAAGACGCUGCGACGGUCAUGAUGAAGAUUGGAGAGACGAACGGAAAGCAGGUCGAUUACAACAACAUACUGCAGCAACUGCAGACACUUGGUGAUAAAAUUAAGCAGACCAAAGAGCUUGAAAAGAAGGAUACUACUUCCCCUCUUCUAAAAUAUCCGAGAUUAAGAAAACAUUUCAUUAUUUUGUCCAUCUGUUGGACAGCUUUUUAUGUGGCUUACUCUGGCCUUACGUACAACAUAAGAAAUUUGUAUGGGAAUGAAUUUCUUAAUUUCUUCCUACUUUCCGUAGUUGAAGUGCCUGGGAAUUUAACAUUUUGGUUUUUGAUGGAUAGAUAUGGUAGAAGAUGGAGUGCAUCCCUUGGUUUCAUCUUGAUCGGUAUCAUUUGUUUGAUCCCACUUCUUAAUUUUAAUUCCAGCGAUAUCAUUGCUUCCAUGAUAGCUAAGUUCUUAAUAUCAGGUAUCUUCAUGAUUACUGAUCAACAAGGUUCAGAACUUUUCCCCACUGUCUUCCGUACUUUUGGUAUAGGGACUGGCAAAACAAUUGCUACAGCCGCGACAUUGUUUAUUCCUUACAUUGCAUUGCUUAGCGAGUACGGGCAGGCACUACCCUUUCUACUAAUCGGCUUCACCUGUUUCGUCACGGGGGUCUUAGGUACACUCCUUCCUGAAACUCUGAACGAAAAUUUGCCUCAGACGGUAACUGAUGCAGAAGAAUUUGGAAAGGAUCAGAAGUAUUUAUCUUGGAUCAAGAAAAGUGACAAAACGCCAGAGAAAGAAAAGGAAAAAGAAAAAGAAAAACCUCCUGUAGAUUCCAUUCGUCUUUGAACGCGAAGAAAUAUUUUUUCUAAAUCAAAAUGACACACAUUUAUUGUACAAUAUUGUAUGAUAUUAAACAAUAUUUACGAUAUUUACUAUUUUGUUGAAUAAUAAACGUUAUAAUAUAAUAUCGUACAAUAUUGUAUAAUAUUGUGCAAACAGGAUGUGCUACUUGGGAAAGCAGACAAAGAAUUAAAUCAUUGUUGGGUGACUCAUUUUGGAAAGAUAACUUUAACAUCCUCAUUUUUAAUUUAUGUUUGACGUAAACGAAUUCGUUGUAUGAUAUUGCCAUACUUUGUCAUCUGAUUAUGUAUAUAUGUUUUUAUAUGCGUUGCGCAUGCCUUUGUAUAUCCAGCUAAUUUAUUUUAUAUCAAUUUACUUAAAAAAAUAUGAACUAAAAUUAUUUUUUAUAAAUUAUUUAAUUUUAAUAAUGAUUAUUUCGAUGACAGCUUUUUAAAGCUGUUGAAUGUAUCUGAAAGUAAUUUUACAAUUAAAGAGAGCAACAUGGUUUUCUUAAACUGUAAAAUCUGACAUAGUGUCACUUCAAAUCGGGGACGAGAACUUCUGUGAAAGUUAUUGUUAAAAAGUAAAUUUAUUAAAUAAUUCAAAUAGUUUAAAAAAUCUAUAUUAGUUAUUAUCCUUAUUUUUAAUUAAAUGUUCUGCAUACUAUUUGUUUGAGUUUAAAUAGGAAUGUCAUUCUAAACCUCUUUUAAUAAAGUAAUAUCAUUUUCCUCUAUUAUGUUGAUCCUAAUAAAUUAAACUAUUUUUUUAACGAAAAAUAAAACAGUUUGGAGGGGGAAACAAAAAGGGGCAAUGGGGGAAAAGAAAAAUCCAAAAUUGAAAGAACUCUUAAUUUCUUAUUUAUUGUGUAAUUAUGGAUGGGAUUAUGUUUAUUCUCUUAUCGCCUAAAAUGUUCCUAUUUAUACAUCACACUUGAUUAUAAAUAUUAAAUAUAAAAUUGCAAAUUAUUUUAAUUUAAGAUAGUUUUUGUUUGUCAUUAAUACAUCAUUUUUAAUAAAAUAUACUAAUAUAUUUUUUUUCGUAACUACAGUGAUGCGUUCAGUUCACUCAGGUAAUGUGCUCGAAUAGAUUGUAGCUAGUGGUGCCAUCUAUUGUACUUAUCUGGUAUUAGCAAAUUUUAUUUUUACUAAAUCGAUCGCUGGCCAUUCAAAAAUGGAUCGUAAAAGGCGUUUAAUGGAAUAAAUAAGAUUCUGAAAUAUUAUGCAAUUAGAAACAGGAUGUCUGUUGUGAAAGUUUAAGAUGCCUGGUUCCGCACUUACGUAUUGCUAGAGUGAUUUUAAAUAAAAAUAAUAUUAAAAUGUUAUGCUUAAAAGUAACUUUUAAAAUAAAACGAUUGAAAAGGAAUUGUAUACAACUGCUCCAUUAUACUUAUAAAAAAUUCUUUUGCUUUUAACCUCUCUGCUUGAUGUUUUUUUAUUGAAUUACAUUUAAUAAUUGUGUGUUAUAGUUAUUUUGUGUUUGUGUAUUUCAAUUUUUAAAUCUAACGUUUGAAAAUUGGAAUUACAUUUCGUGCCUAAAGCUGUAUUGUCAAUUUGUGUUUAAUAAAAUGCUAUAUAAUCGUACAAAAGCAUUUCAUUACAGUUUAAAUACGUAGAAAAAAUAUACAUUUGCCAACAAACUAUUGUGA